UGUGCGCUCUGUGUUUUUGUUUUGAUUCACCGCGCGCGCGUUUUGUUUUGAAAAUUUAAAAGGCUGGAAAACGUUUAUAGCUUCAUGGUACAGUUCCGGUCCCAGAUCGCUCAAGCACAAUGUCCAUGUCCAAGUUUAUGCACCCGCGCAACAUCUACCGCCAGAAGCCGGACUUUAACGCGCUGGUCAAGCAGUUCCCGGAGUUACGCGGGGUCACCACGGUGGAUCUAAACGGUCGCAUCAAGCUGGACUUUAAGAACCGGGAGGCGCUGCAGCUGCUGACGCGGGUUCUGCUGCGGCGUGACUUUGGGCUGAAGGUGGAACUGCCGGCGGGGAAGCUGGUGCCGACGUUGCCGCUGCGCUUGAACUACAUUCUUUGGCUGGAGGACGUCGAGGAGGCGCUGGGUUGGCGCACGGAUCGAGCGGAACUGCGGGGGUUGGACAUUGGCUGCGGGGCGUCGUGUAUUUAUCCGCUGCUGGGGGUGGCGCGGAAUCGGACCAGGUGGAAGAUGGUCGGGCUGGAGAAGGUGCGGGAUAGUGUGGCGAGUGCGCGGGGGAAUGUGGAGCGGAACGGGUUGACGGGGGACGUUCGGGUGGUGGAGCAGAAGGAGGGGGAGGAGACUGUGAUAAGGGGGUUUUUGGAGGGAGAUGGGGUUGGGGAGCGGUUUGACUUUUGCAUGUGCAAUCCGCCGUUUUACGAGCAGGAUCAUGAGGUGGAGAAUCGGACGGGGCACCGGCCGGAACCGUCUGCUGUUAGUACCGGGAGUAUGGACGAAUUGCGGACGGAGGGAGGCGAGUUGCGAUUUGUGGAAAAGAUCAUCGACGAAAGUUUGGAGUUGAAAGAGCGAAUAACCGUUUACAGUUCGAUGUUGGGACACAAACGAAAUUACGAUCAGAUUUUACGGAUAUUGAAAGGUCGUGGCGUGAGCAACUUCACGACGACCCGGUUCUGUCAGGGCAACACAACUCGAUGGGGAGUCGCGUGGAGCUUCUCCAGCGAAGCUCUCUUGUACAAAGUCCCGGACGCAACUCAGCAAUCAACCAAUACCAACAAGAAAUCCCCCGCCAAACCACUUCAGGGUAAAAUCCUCACCGCAACUCAAGCGCCAACCCUGGCCGAGGCCAAAUCCCACCUCCUCUCCGCUCUGACGCCCCUCGCACUUCAACUCCAACCCCUGGAGGAGGAGUCCGACUCAGAAUCGCUGUGGAAGCUCGUGGCCCAGGACAACACGUGGUCCCACCAGCGCAGGAAACGGCGGGAAGCGAAGCGAGUAGCCACUGUCGAAAGCAAUGGAGAACCGGCCCCGGAGCAGGGCACGCCGAGCAAGCGCUGCCGGACGGAACCGGUGCUGAGCGCGGCGGUCAGUUUGAAGAGUUGCGACGGAGGUUGGACGUUGGCGUUGAGUUACUUGGGUGGGAUUGCCGGAAAGGACGGGGUGAACCAGAUUUUGCAGUAUGUUAAAAAUAAGUUGAAGGAAUCUAGUGAUUAAAACAGUUAUUUAGUUUCAC